AAAAGUCAUUUCUCGUUUGUUUGUUGAUAAAACAGGAUGCCUGCGAGCCCCACCAGGGAGGAGACAGAGUCUCGCUCAGACCACCCAUCCCAAGCUGGGUUUUGCGUCGGUUCUGCCCGUGCCCCGCAGGCCCUGCAGACGCUCCCUGUGCACCAGCUCCGAGGCACCCCCACGGACGUGGUCCUGCGGGCCGGCGACCGGGACUUUCCUUGUCACCGCGCGGCCUUGUCGGCCGGCAGCACUUACUUCCGAGCCCUGUUUGCUGGGGGCGCGCCCCAAGAGGAUAUGGUGCUCCUCCCCCAAGUCUCCCCCCGAGUCCUGGGUCUGCUCCUGGACCACCUCUACGGAGCCGGCGUGAGCCUGUUGGAGGAGGACGCGGCUGCUCUGCUGGCCCUGUCUGACCUGCUGGGGGUGCUCCCUCUUCGGGAGACCUGCGCCAGCUUCCUGGAGGGCCAGCUCGGGCCACAGAACUGCCUGGCUUUCCUCCAGCUGGCUCGGACCUUCUCCCUGCCCUCCCUGGGAGCCGGGAGCCUCCGCGUGGUGCGCCGGGCGUUCCCAGAAGUCUCUUCCCAGCCCGAGUUCCUGGAGCUGGAGCUGGCCCAGGUGGCUGAGCUGCUGGCCGAUGAGAGCCUGGGGGUGGCAAAGGAGGAGGCUGUGUUUGAGGCUGCUAUGCGCUGGGUGCGACAUGAUCCCCCCACCAGACAAAGACAUCUGCCGGGCCUCUUAAAACAAGUUCGGCUUCCCCUGCUGGCCCCAGCCUACUUCCUACAGAAGGUGGAGGCUGAUGAGAUGGUUCAGGCCAGCCGCGAGUGCCACCCGCUUCUGCUGGAGGCCCGCCAGUGCUUCAUCCUCGGGAGGGAGGGCAGCUCAUGGAAGGCGACCCCCAGGAGGUUUAUGGAUCUGGCCGAAGUGAUCGUGGUGGUCGGUGGCUGCGACAGGACAGGGCUGCUGACCUUGCCCUUCGUCGAUGCUUACCAUCCCUGGAGCCGCGAGUGGAAGACGCUGCCUAGUGUGCCCGGCUGCACCAAAUCCGAGUUUGCCAUGUGCGCCAUGAGGAACAACAUCUACCUCUCAGGUGGCCACAUCCACAGUCGUGACCUCUGGAUGUUCCGAUCUCAGCUGCAGACUUGGGUCAGGGCAGCGCCCCUGAAUGAGGGCAGGUGGAGGCACAAGAUGGCCGUCAUGCAAGGGCGGCUCUAUGCCGUGGGAGGCUUUGAUGGUGUCCACCGCCUGAGGAGUGUGGAAUGCUAUGACCCCUUCUUCAACACCUGGACCCCUAUACCCCCACUCCUGGAGGCUGUGAGCUCAGCAGCUGUGGUGCCCUGCUGCAAUAAGCUCUACGUGAUUGGAGGUGCUGUGGAUGACGGCUUCAACACAGACAAGGUGCAAUGCUAUGAUCCUGGGGAAGACAAGUGGAGACUCCUUUCUCCAGCUCCCUUCACUCAGAGGUGCAUAGAAGCUGUGGCUCUGGAUGACACCAUUUACGUGGUAGGGGGUCUCCUGAACAAGAUCUUCAGCUAUGAUCCAUGCAGAGAUUUCUGGGCAGAAGCAGCUUCUCUCCCUGGGCCCUUGGAGAGCUGUGGAGUGACUGUUUGCGGCAGGAAGAUCUAUAUCCUUGGUGGUCGGGACUCGAGAGGAAAAGGCACAGAUAAGACCUUUGCCUUUGACCCACUAAGUGGGUGCUUGGAAAACCAACAACCUCUGCAACGAUGCACCAGUGCCCAUGGCUGCGUCACCAUCCUUCAGCACCUCGGCCAGAGACAGACCCACCCAAAAGGGCUGAGUAGGGUUAUCUGAACCCUUCAGCAUAAACAUCUUGGAUGCACAAUAAUCGCUGCCAAGACCCAAGAGAACCUCUGCCUCCAUUCCUGUGAGGUCUCUGUGUACAUAAAUCUGAUUAACUUAUUUUCCCCUUUUAUUACAGAAAUAAGGCCUGAUUUACUUUUA